CGAGCCAAUUGUUGUCCGAUGAUGAUUUACCUUUUAUAAAACCCUAUAAGAACGGCCAGAUCGAUUCGUUUUGUUUUGACUCAGUCCACCUGCCCUGUGUCAUUCCGAUCUUGUCAGCAUGGAUUCGCCGAAUUUCAAAAUAACAAAGCCGGACGCCACCCAGAUGGCAGCUCAACCGUCGAACUCGGUGUCCACCGUUGAUAAUGAUUUAUGCGGACAAGAUCAACCCUCUGGUGGACCAGGCGACACGGACCAGAGCAGGGACCCGACUAGGCGCAGAGACCGGAACCGUAUGUCUCAGUCCGCAUUUGGGGAUCGCAAGGGCCGGCAUAUUAGGGACAUCCAAGAUAAAAUGGAGAAAUUGGAACAACAAAACAAUCAGUUCCGAAAGAUCCACGAGAUCCUCCGGGUUGCGCAACCAAUUUUGCGCGCAGAUGAUUACACAAACCUCAUAAACAUGGAUGAAGCUGUGGAAGGUGAUUGUGAAGAUCUGGGUGCCACCGACGUGUCAAUGGAAGAAAAUUCAAUAAGGUCAAACAUGCCAAUAUAUUUGAAAGAAUCUCGACAAGAACCAUGGACUGGGUAUAAUAAGAUGUCGGCAUCAUCAACUUGUCAGAAGUCAAUAGAUCGGAUACCGCAGGGAUUUAUGGGCCGAAGUGGGAUGUUAUGCUGGCCAAUUUUGCAGACCUCAGAUGAUGGCCGUGGGAUCUUUGCUACUGGGAUCCCAUGA